AUGUCCCUAAACCGCAUCUCCUUCCUAGAAGGAUGGGAGCGCAGCCCCGCCACCUUUCUCAACCGGGCCGAUGACUCGGAGGAUUCGGACCUGGACUCCUACCAAGAUCUGCCCGAGGGGUCGGUGGCAUCCUCGUUUCCCUCCAUGUACAGCAGACUGAACUUCAACCCGUAUGCGGGGCCGGGAUGGAAUGAGAUUCCCGAUGAAGAUCCGUCGCCCUUUUUCGGGUCCUCAUUUUUGGGGCUUUCUCCCACAACUACUCGUGAGGGGCGUACGGGCUCCAUUUCGGCGCAGGCGCUGGGAUCUGCGGACCGGACUGUGCACGAGGAGCUGGGGGACGUUCCUCGAAACCAACUGUGGGCGGAUUCCACUGGUGCUUAUGAAGUGAGCGCUGCGAGGAGAAUUGCCCAGGUCUGUGCCGCGGUUGUGUACUGCUUUCUAGCUGCAGGGGUCGUUUUUGGGUUUGCAGCUCUGAAACCUGUGCUCAUUCGCGAGAAAGUAUAUCGCAAUCUCUGCUCCCAGAUAGAGCGCGAUGAAGAUGUUGAUGUAUGCUAUGGGCAGGAAAUUCGGCUAAACCUGAUGUUUACCAUCGCUGCUGUAGUAACCAAUAUCUCAGCCCUACCUGUAGGAACCAUCCUAGAUGCAUUUGGACCACGAGUUUGUGGAAUUAUCGGCAGUGUCUGCCUUACCAUAGGAGCAGUACUAUUUGGCACAGCCAAACAACUUCCGUUCGAUGGAUAUAUUCCAGGAUAUCUGUUUCUAGCGCUGGGCGGGCCAUUUGUGUUCAUCCCAUCUUUCCAUCUCUCCAACACCUUCCCGGCACGAUCAGGCCUGAUCCUGUCAAUGCUGACAGGAGCCUUCGAUGCGUCAAGCGCUCUCUUUCUGAUUUUCAGGUUGCUCAACGAGCGUACCCAGGGGUUUGUUUCAACCAGAAGCUUCUUUGCAGUAUACCUCACUGUGCCGCUCUUCAUAAUUGCCGCCCAGGUAUUCAUAAUGCCACCGACAUCCUACAAAACAGCCGGUGAGCUUGUUCAACAUGCCGAAGCCCAGGUCGCAGAUGAGAUCCACGACCGCAUAGACGACACAGUCACCGAUCGCACUGAGGGUGAACGCCAGCGUCUCAGAAGACGUCUCCAUCGUCAAAGCAUUGUUAGCCAUAUCCAAGAUCUACUCGAUGAUGGUACAGCAUCUGUGAUGUCAGCAAAUACCGUCGAUCACCCAGUCUUCCACACCAGCAUCGACGCCCAGCUGGAUAUCAACAAUACAACCACUGGAAAUAAUGGCACUACAGCACCCCAUUUACAUCCACAACCAAUGCACCCAAUAGCCCCACCACCAGGGGGCAUCUGGGGUGUUCUCCACGGCCAAAGCGCCCUACAUCAACUACGCACACCAUGGUUCACACUCAUAACAGCAUUCACCGUGCUGAUGAUGCUCCGAAUAAACUAUUUUGUAGCAACCCUCCGCUCCCAAUAUACAUAUCUCCUCUCAGCCGACGAAGCCGCCCAAAUCAACACAACAUUCGACAUCCUCCUGCCAGUAGGCGGUCUCCUCUCCGUCCCAUUCACCGGCACAUUCCUAGACAUCAUCCAAACCCGCACCGUGCUAUUUAUCCUUGUACUUUCAGCCACCGUGAUCGGUGUGCUGGGAUGCAUACCGCAUUCAACAGCUGCAUACGGGAAUAUCAUUCUUUUCGUGCUAUACCGACCAUUCUACUACACCGCCGUAUCAGACUAUGCAGCGAAGGUAUUCGGUUUCGUGACGUUUGGGAAGGUAUACGGGCUGAUUAUCUGUCUUGCCGGGAUUGGAAAUUUUGCACAGGCGGGUCUUGAUGCGCUUACGUUGAAGGUUUGGAGGGGUGAUCCCGUCCCUGUGAAUGUUGGGCUUACUGUGCUGGUUGCUGGUAUCGGGGCUGGACUGGUUGGCUUUGUGGCAUAUCAGACGGCUGGGUUGAGAGGGCCGGAGGGGUUGGUUGGUGAUCAAUAUUGUGUUGUGAGGGAGCGAGAACCGUUGCUGAGGAAUGAAGACACGGGGAGGGAAUAUGGAAGUUGA